CAGAAGUGUUGUGGGGUAGGUUUCUUUAAAACAGAAAUCAAACACUAACUUUUCUGAGAGAAAGAAGUAACAUCUGUGCAGUAAUGCUAUUUUGGCAAAUUUCAUUGCUAGCAGUUCUCCUCGGAGGUGGUGACAAUGAAGACGCCUUUCCGGACCAAAUCCUCAGAGCCAUCGGUACUUUAUCCUUAUACAACCACUCCUGGACCCACAGUUGGGGCUCUGGUUGGUUGGGUGAGUUGCAGAUCAAGAGAUGGAAGAGCAACUCUGGUGGUUUUAUUUCCCUGCGGCCUUGGUCCAAUGGCAACUUCAACAACAAGGAGAUGAAAGAAAUAGAAGUGUUUGUCCAAAGGUCCCACAAUGAAUUCCUGAAUUUACUUCAUAAACAUGACGGUGAAUGGAUGCUUGAAUAUCCCUUCGAGGUACAAGCAACAUUUGGCUGUGAGCUGCACUCUGGGAAAGUCAAGGUAGACUUCUGGCAACUUGCUUAUCAGGGAUCAGACCUCCUGAGCUUCCAGAACAACACAUGGUUGCCAUCUCCAGAGGGUGGAACUAGAGCUCAGCAGGUGUGCAAAAUACUCAAUCAGCACACUGUCCCCAACAAAAUCAUGCAAUGGACUAUUAGUAACUCCUGCCCACGUUUCCUUUUGGGUCUCCUUGAUGCAGGGAAGGCAGAUCUCCAGAGACAAGUAAAACCAGAGGCCUGGCUGUCAACUCGCCCCAAUCCUGGUCCUGACCAUCUGUUGCUGGUUUGUCAUGUCUCUGGCUUCUACCCAAAGCCAAUUUCGGUUAUGUGGAUGCGAGGUGAACAGGCACAACAGAGCUCUCAACUAAGUGAUAUCCUGCCCAACGCUGAUGGGACAUGGUAUCUUCAGAUCUUCUUGGAUGUGGAAGCCACCGAGACAUCUGGCCUGUCUUGCCGGGUGACACACAGCAGUCUAGAAGGCCAGGACAUCAUCCUCUACUUGGAUCGUCCUAACUCCAAGGCCUUGAUCAUCUUGGCAGUGAUGCUACCCCUGCUGCUGCUUCUGACAGGUCUUGCAUUUUGGCUUAAAAAGUGCUGGACACAUUGUGUACCUCCUCCCACUCUUCUUCCUUUGGAGAGAUUCCAGCAGCCCAGGGACUCAAAACCUACUUAAAACUCAGCAUGGUGAUGAUGUCCUUUCAACUCUCUUUUGUACAAUUUUUGUUGUGGUUUACCUAUGUUUAUUUAAUGGUCUGUUAUUAAUGUAUACUAGUUGUCAUUUUGCAGGAUUUGCUUUCUGACCUGGUUGUGAGAUUUGAAAACUCAUAUUUUAACUCUGGAUAAAAUGAGAUCCUUGUGACCUCUCUAUACUGGAAAAUUAAUGAACUUCAGGCUCAUUUAGAAUGUCACUUCUUUUGGGGGGUGUUCCCUGACUCACAAGUGGAAGCAGUGUCUGAACUCCCACCACACUCUGCAGCAUACUUUGCCGACUUUCUACUUUCUAUCCUUUGCUGCAGCUAUGCAGGUCCCUUUUCCCUUCUAAUUUUUAAGUUUCCUGAGAGCAAAGUCUGUAUCUCCUUAAAGUUUGCAUCAUUUAUAAAGUGUAUUAACUGUAUGUAGUAUGCUUUCAAUAAAAGCCUGUGUUA